AUGGCAACUCGCGCUAUCCGUAUUGGCUUCGUGCCCGAGCACUACCUCCUCCCGCUGCACUUCAGCAGCAAGAACAACCUCUUCCCCUCGUCCCUCCAGAUCCACCUCGUGCCGUUCCCCUCGGGCACCGGCCACAUGAUAACUUCCCUUCGCUCCAAGGAGAUCGACCUCGCAAUUGGUCUCACGGAAGGCUGGGUCGCUGGGCUCCUGAAUCCUUCUGUUCAAGGCCAAUCGUUGCAAGAGAAAGGGUAUUCUAUUGUCGGGUCAUGGGUGUCUACUCCCCUUCGAUGGGCCAUCGUCACAGGGAGAAACCGAGACGAUAUCUCGUCGGUGGAUGAUCUGAAGCAACAUCGCCGAGUUGCCGUGAGUAGAAUGGGCAGUGGGAGUCACAUCAUGGCCUUUGUGCUGGCGCAGCAGGAAGGAUGGCUUCAUCACACCAAGGAUCAAAAGUCCGAGGGCCUGACACUGGUGCCGCUGGGACCUUUUAAGGAUCUCCGUGACGGAGUGACUGGGAACACUGCCGACUUCUUCAUGUGGGAGCAUUUCACUACGAAACCCUAUUUCCACGGGGACGGUACGCCCUUGAAGAAGAUUGGGGAGAUCUACACACCCUGGCCUAGCUGGCAUAUUGCCGCUUCCACUGACGCAUUUCCGGACCCGCCUUCCGAUGAGACUCUGAAGCAGGUGUUCGAUGCACUGGACAAGGGCAUCAAAAUGUUCAACGAGGAUCCUAGUGCGGGGAUCAAGAUGCUCGGGACGGGCGAGGCUGGUUGUCAUUAUUCUGAGGAGGACGGUAGGGAAUGGCUGAAGGACGUGAAGUUUGUGGAGUGGACGAGAGGAGUGGACGCAGGUGUGAUGGGAGGAGUAGUAGAUGUCCUCAAGACGGCCAAUGUCAUCAACCCUAGUGUAGAAAUUCGAGAGGGGGACGGAGUCAUAGGAAUUGCGAGGUAG